AUGGUUUAUUUUCCUGAACUUUGUCUUGAACAAAUCUUUCGAGAAUUAGAUAAUAAUGUUGAAACACUCUAUUCUUGCAUACUCGUUAAUCGCUUGUGGUUUACUCUGGCCGUUCCUGAACUAUGGAAAAAUCCUUUCGUUACUAUGUGUUCUGGAAAUCCAAAACGUCAUGGAUCACUAAUUGAUGUUUACAUUUCUUGUCUUCCAAAAAAUGUCAGAGACAAUAUUUAUUCCGGGACGACGAGACCGCCAAUUUUUAAUUACGUUAAAUACUUGCGAUGUAUUGUUAUCGCACCAAUAUGUAAAAGUGUUAACAGAUGGAUUGUAUCAAAGAAAGUUGAAGAACUCCCUUUCUUCAAAUAUUUACGCGUGACUUGCAAGAGAAUGAUAACACGGGAUUACGAGAGGGUUAUCGUUGAAAUUUUAUGUGAUUAUUUCAUCUCCUGUUCAACUCGUAUUGAUGAAGUUGAUUUAUCUUUUCGACUUUUCAAUUUAUUCGCAAAUCCAAACUUGUCAAGAAUAAAGACAUUUAAAUGUAGUGUGAUGUACUUGCCCGACUUGAUGGAAACUGGUAUCGUUAAAUCGGCUACCAAGAUCGCCAAUAAUAUUCGGUUCCUGGAAAUUCGAUUCUUUUGCUCAUAUAAUGAUUAUUCCUCGGAUACGAUGAAUUCCCCCGUUAACGACGUAAUAGAUUUGAUCGAAUCACAAAAAAACCUACAACAUAUAUUACUUCAAUGCACUCCAGUUGAAUUCCCCACGUUAUUGAUUAGUAUAUGUACUCACAUAAAAACUUUGACAAGUAUCGAUCUAUACAAGAUCGCCUUUGGUUGUGGUUUACCACUUCAAUAUUUUGCUAAAUUAGAGAAUUUACAACAUCUCAAGCUCAUUUGGUGCAACUUUACCGGAUCAUCCGAUAUAAACGUUGAUGAUUCAUCAUUUCAAAGGUUAAAAUCUAUAACGAUCAAUACGACAAACAUUCAAGUAGAUUUAUUGGAAAUUUUGAUUCGUCAAGCCAGAGAUAGCAUAAGAGUAUUGGAAAUAAGGAAUUUUAGAAAUUUACGAGAAUUAAUUUAUUCGUGCAGAAAGUAUUGCACCCUAUUGACGAAAUUGAUCUUAUCAAUUAAUCAAGGGACCCUUUUAUCAAUUAUUUCCAUGGUGACCACGUGCAGGAAAUUGGAGGAAAUUCACAUCUAUGAUGAAUCCAUGCAAGAAGGAGGUUUUUAUAUGCCAAUGGAUCUAAAUUGUACGCUUACGGCUGAUGAGUUUAUUUGUCAACUUGGAAUGGCAUUACCGGAAACGGUUCAUACGAUAAGAUUUCUUAUGGAUUGGUUUUAUAAUUCAAGUUCUCUUGAUACAUUUUUUAAGCAAUGUAAUGCGAGGAAGUUGAAAAGGUUGGAAUUUAGAGGAGACGACAAUACUGGUAAUUGUAUAUCCUUAAAAAAAUCAAUAGAUAAAAUGUUGUGGUCGGUCACCAUUCCGCCACUCGCUUAUCUCGGUGCCACUUUUGAUAAUGCCACAAUAUCUCAAAAUUUGAAACACGAAUGCUUGCAAAUUUACCUGUAUACUGUACAUUUUGUCUCAUGUUUAAGUGUUCCAGACCAUGUCCCAACAAUGUUCCAUGACAACACUGCCAUGAAAGUAAUGAAAAAGAAAAAGUAUUUUGUAGGUCAUAAUUUUCAACUUAUUAUCCUUAAGUGGUCAUGA